UCUUCAGUACGCGAAACCAUCCUCGGCACGGCGCAAGGCGCUGCCCCUCUCCUUCCCGGCCACCGUAGUUUAAAAAAAAACAAAAAAAAAACAAAAAACGGUUACCCAGCAACGAGAUAAAACAACUGGAACCAUCCGCACCAGCUUGAAGAGAAAGAAGAGGUGAGGUAGUUUUUCCGCAUUCCCUCUCCAACGUGGAGGCUUCGCCUUUUCCGUCGUGUGGCCUAGUCUCUCGGCAUCCCCGACACUCCCGCAACCCCUGGAGCGGAUAGGGAGCCCGGAAAGCCCUUUCUUGGAGAAUCUGGAACGCUAGGUCGUCGACGUCCCGCCCACGGUUUGACCCGUCUUCCCCCUCUACCGCCCGCGCUCUCCCGCCCGGUUCAGGGCUUUUCACAGUCCUCAAAGAUUCGGUAUUUAAUCUCCCGUUCCCGCCCACAAGAGAGAAGGAAGACUCUCCACAGGUACCAUAGGCAAUUCUUUCCAAGGAGAUGUCGAUUCCUUUCUCCAACACCCACUACCGAAUUCCACAAGGAUUUGGAAAUCUUCUUGAAGGGCUGACACGGGAGAUUCUGAGGGAGCAACCGGAGAAUAUACCAGCUUUUGCCGCAGCGUAUUUUGAAAACCUUCUAGAAAAAAGAGAGAAAACCAACUUUGAUCCAGCAGAAUGGGGGGCUAAGCUAGAGGACCGCUUCUAUAACAACCACGCAUUCAAGGACCAAGAACAAACUGAGAUAUGUGAACAAGAAAUGGCCAAAUCAUCUGAGAAAGAAGAAACACCAGUUACGGCCUUUGAGGAGUCUACUGAGGAAGAAAGAGAAAAGGAGGAGUCUGCUGCUCUCAAAAUCCAAUCCGUCUUCCGGGGACACGUGGCCAGAGAAGAGGUAAAGAAAAUGAAGUCAGAUAAAAGUGAACAAGAGAAAGGAGAGGAAGACAAGUGAGGAUACUGGCUUUACCCCCCCACCACCCUAGAAAACAUGAAAAAGUAAUCCAAAUCCA